AUGGAUGGCAUAGCCGGCGAAAAUAAUAAUGCUUCCGUUGGAGCGGACGUCGAGAGAGGAUACGGACACUUCUUCAUUAAAAAAACCUUCCACCGACCAACAUAUUGUCACCACUGCACGGAUAUGCUCUGGGGCCUCAUAGGACAAGGAUACGUCUGUGAAGUUUGCAACUUCGUUGUGCAUGACAGAUGUCUACGCACAGUUGUGUCUCCAUGUUCCAGUAUUGCUUCCAAUAUGAUCAAGAACCCGGUGGCCCACUGCUGGUCGGAGCCCGGUCAGUUCAAAAGGAAGUUUUGCAAUCUGUGCAGGAAGAGGCUGGAGGACAGUCUUGCCAUUCGAUGUGAAAUUUGUGAGUACUAUUCCCACGUUGACUGCCAGGAUUUCGCUGUAAGUGAUUGCAAGGAAUGUGCCACUUACGUUCCAAACAAAGAUCUGUCGUGCGUGGUGCAGUACCAUCACUGGAGAGAGGGAAACCUGGCGGGAAAUUCAAAAUGUUUCCACUGCAAGAAGACAUGCUGGUCUGCUGAAUGUCUGGCGGGCAUGAGAUGCGAGUGGUGCGGAGUCACAGCACACGCAACCUGUUACAAACAGUUGCCAUCAGAAUGCAGUUUUGGCUGUCUGAGGGACAUCAUGCUGCCCCCCUACAGCGUCACUGUACCCCGCAUGGAUGUACCGCAAGAAAUUCUUUUUGGACUGCCUAAGAGAACUGGUUUAGUUUGUAAAAGAAAUUACAAAUCAUGUCAAAUAGUCCAAUUAUAUGAUGGAAAUAGUUCUCUCAAACGAAAACAACAUCGACUGACUGUAGUGCCGAAACAAGCCCCUGCUCAAAUGUUAUUGGUCACAGCUCUCCGAACAUUCCACAUAUCUGAUGACCCCAACAAUUUCUCCAUUUCAGAAGCCACUGAGAAUGGCGAGAAGGUGUUGGACUUAACCCAGCCUCUGCAUGGACAGGUUUCCAUGAAGCAUGGCAAGAAGACCGCUGUGCUCCUGAGGUACAGAGAACAAGACGCCAACAAAGGAUACAUCAGAAUUUAUCCCAAAGGACUGAGUGACAUCUCUCCAAAAGCGGAUGUAACAUUCAAACACAUUCCCGUGCAGCAGGAAAGUAGUGCUCAAGAACUCAUCAGUCUUGCGUUGCACAAGUUUGGAAUUGAAAACGCUAACCCCAGUCAAUUCACUCUAGUGGAGGUUGUUUUAGACAAAGGUGUCUCAGAACGAGAACUCAGUGAAGACGACAAACCUUUUCUAAUCAUGCAACGAAGCAGGAAGGAAUGCCUUAGACAGAGCAGAAUGACACGAUUCUACAUAAAACAGAAAGACGAUCCACACGGACCCAACAUUGCCAUGUAUGUAGGUAAUUUACCAACCAACCUCUCACAAAGACAAUAUGAGCACAUACUACUCGACAUCAUUGGCAGAGAGAACAAGUGGUCAAAAUUUGAUGUGAUAUAUUACGAAUAUGGCUCGUUGGUGCUCAUGUACUGCAGUACGGAGAGGGCAUCCAGGUCGUACAAACUGCUGCAGGAGGCUUCUUUUGAUGACAAGCAAAUUCUUGUCCUACUUUUACCAAAUAUACAGCCCCUUAUGAUUCAAUCAUCGACCACGCCGCUUUUGGUUUUGGUUAAUGUUAAAAGUGGUGGACAACAGGGCAUGGAACUGAUCCGAUCAUUCAGAAAACUUCUCAAUCCUCACCAAGUUUAUGAUCUCAUGAAUGGAGGGCCCUUGCCAGGAUUGUACGUGUUCCGUAACUUGCCCCGUUUCAAAAUUUUGGUGUGCGGUGGGGACGGAUCGGUGGGUUGGGCUCUUUCCUGCUUGGAUAAUGUGGGGCAAGAUGCUCUCUGUCAGUCCCCUCCUAUGGCUGUUAUUCCCCUUGGAACUGGCAACGACUUAGCCCGCGUCUUGAGGUGGGGACCAGGAUACACGGGGGCCGAGGAUCCAUUAUCUCUUUUGAGGGACGUCAUUGAGGCGGAGGACAUCAAACUGGAUCGGUGGACAGUAAUAUUCCACCCGAACGAGAAAGAUGUCGACGACGUGAAAGUUGCAAUCGCUAACGACACGAACACGACACAACUGAACGAGGACCCCACGUCCAUCUUUGUCAUGAACAACUACUUUGGCAUAGGCAUCGAUGCUGAUCUCUGCCUUGACUUCCACAUGGCCAGGGAAGAGAACCCAGACAAGUUCAACAGCAGACUACACAACAAGAGCAUGUACUUCAAGAUAGGCCUACGAAAAAUGGUCAACAAACGAUCAUGCAAAGACCUGCACAAAGCUAUUCGCUUGGAAGUUGAUGGGAAAUCAGUUGACGUACCACCUGUCGAAGGAGUUAUCAUUCUCAACAUACUCAGUUGGGCCUCGGGAGCGAACUUGUGGGGUCCAGAGAAGGAGGACCAGUUUGCAAAACCAACCCACUACGAUGGCAUGUUGGAGGUCGUAGGAUUGACUGGAGUGGUGCACAUGGGGCAGAUACAGAGCGGUCUAAGAAGCGCCAUCAGAAUUGCACAAGGAGGGCAUAUUCGAAUCCAGUUGUUGGCUGACCUUCCAGUGCAGGUUGAUGGCGAACCUUGGAUCCAACCGGCUGGUCAGGUGGUGGUGCUCAGAUCUGCUCUCAAGGCAACAAUGUUGAAAAAGUCAAAAAACAAAAUGAAACGUUGCAAUACAGAACCGAGCAUCUACUUUCCAAAUGAAACCAUAACACAACAACAGCAACAGCAGCAACACCAACAACAGCAACAAUCAUCUCGGUCUGCAGUUGUUGAAGCAUCUGAUCACUCAGUUUUAUAA